AUGGGUUCAGGAUCAGGACACGGCAAUCUCCGCCGCCCCUCCGGGCAAAGGCCCACUGACCGGCCUCCCCUCCGAAGGAAUUCCUUAGGAGGAAGAGGCUCCGGUGUGGAGGAGAAACCACUGGAAGAAAAAGGGAAGACUUCCUCCCGGUUCACAGAGACCGCCAGCACCCAAAGAGGAGAAGCAGGAAGCUGCUCCAGUCAGGGGAGCUCCGGGAAGAGGAAAAGAGGCUCCAGGGACAGCCCCUGCGCCAGAGCAGAGCCCUCUCCGGGAGAGGAGCGCAGUGCGGUUUGGGGGAAGCGAGCAAAGAGCCCCGAUGCUGGCCCCCGCAGCUGCAGCCAAGAGACUGGGCGCCCCUGCCCCAGCAGAACGCAGAGGGAGCGGCCCGGGCACCGGAAACAGCCCAGAUCCAGGCCCUCCGGAGGCCAGCCGCCUCUGCUGCGGACAAGCCUGGUGACUUCCCUGCGCACCUUGUCGGAGGCCACUCAUGGCAACAUCGUCCAGAUGCAGCACCAGCAAGCACCUGCCCCGCUGAGCUGGGAGCACUAUGCCCUGCUGGCCGAGCUGCGGGGGCAUUUGCACGCCCAGAUGCAGACCGUCUAUGCCAUGGCCACCCAGGCCGCCUAUGUCUUCCCUGCUGAGGCGUGGCUCAGCCCGGCCCCACCUCCCGGGCCUUCCGGUCCAGAGGGAGAUGGAGAGGAGAAGCCCAGAGCCCUUCCAGGGAGGGCGCCCUGGGAGCCGGGGCACAGCCCUGUUGGAGAGAUAGACAAUGUGUGA